CCUGCGGUGCGGCACGCUCACCCUUCUACUUUCAAAGGCGGAUAAGGAAUGGGCGAGAGGCUUUGUUACCUGGCACAGGGGGAGAAACAGGUGCGCUAGGGGAGACGCAAGGGAUUCUGGAAUGUGUAGUUCCUUCCACAGUUAGAAGAAAGUGUUGGCAGAUGAGCCAUGAAGUUUGGAGGACUACAAGUCCCAUAGGAGAAGAUAAGAGAUAGAGAUUAGUGGUUCCAGGGCUGAAGUCUACCUGGUCACCGUGCAGCAGAUCCCUGUAUGUGAAACCCAUUCAGGAGCUAACUGAUAACGUCCCAGUUUCCUAGCAACCAACCAAAACCUGACCUGCUCCUCUCAACUGGCAUCAAAAUGAAAGUGUAGAGCUUUGGAGUUUUCUUUUUUUAGAAUGGCUGUGCCCUGUAUCAUUCUCCUAGUCAGUUUUAUAGUGGAUUCCAUGGGAGUAUCGAUGGCAUCAUUGGUUUGGAUGUCCGAAUGCUGCAGUGAGAAGCUGGAAUUAAAUAUUUCCUGUCUGUUGGCUUAUAGAUGCAGUCCAGGAUGUUAUCGACUCGAUGAUGGGAAAAGCACCUGCAUUAUAUGCAAAAAUGAAACUAGCACGAACACGCAAAUUGCACACAAUAUGUCCGAAUGCUUAAAUAUCAGCUCUCCGACUACAGACGUGCAUAUGAAUAUUAGCACAACCCAAUCUGUUCCUCACAACUUAGGCAGCCCGGGGAUUGCCGCCUCUCUUCUGCUGGGCACACUCUUAAUUAGCCUAUUCUUAGUUCUGUCUGUAGCCUCAUUUUUUUACCUUAAGCGUUCACAGAAACUACCAGAACUCUUCUAUAGAAGAAAUAAAGCAUCCAUUCUGCAACCCAGUGAAAUGGCAGCUAUGAUUCCAGAACAUAAACCAUCAGUUCGGAAGCCAAGAUAUGUCCGACGAGAGAGAAGAUCAACAACCUCAGCCCCGGUACUGCUGAAUCCAUCUGCAGAUACUAAUGUGAGCAGUGUUUAGACUUCUGCAUUCCUGCUAGAAAUUAAAGAUUAUGACGAAGAACUGGACGAUGAUGACGUCAAGCUUGUGCUCAACAAGAAUAUACGUACAUUGCCACCAAACGUGCAAAACAUUUAAUUAUGUAUAUCCUACAUGAUGAAGCACUGACGAUAGACCGCUCCUUACUCCAAGUAUUGCUUAAUGGAACCUCUUUUGAAGGUUGAAUGAGGUUAAAAUGAUUAUGCAUUGUAGCUUCAAUUUUAGGUAAUAAUCUUAAAAAGGAUUAAGAAGAAUACAUCUCGGAGCAAAAAGACUAUGCUAGUGUUGGAGACCUGGGUAAAAAUAAACCUGCACUUUUAAAUUAAUUAAUAAGUAAAACACCAGAUUUCAAGUACAUGUCUUUGUUUAUGUCAAUGGUAUUUUUAA